ACUGAACGACGAUCCGUUCCUUCCCAGAAUUCCUCCCUCACGUCCUGCGUCUGACACCGCUCAUCCUUUUUAUGUACAUACCCUUAGCGGAUUGGGCCUUCGGUUUGCGGCGUUUUACUUCCGAUAACAGUUUAUCAGACACCUGUUUAUAAGCGUCGCAUCGCUGGUUUGCGCCAAACCUGACGCUGACGUCACCGCAGCAGCAGUCGCGGUCCAGAGUCUGUCGCACGCGAUGAUCCAGACCCAGGCAGACUGAAUCUGUUCCUACUGCCGCACGUCUAUAGACGCCGCCAUGAAGUGUACGCUGCAUGACCGUCUCUGGCGCAGGGAAACCGGGGAGCAAUCGCAUUUCGCGAGUAUCCGCGGGAUUUAUGGGUCCAAGGAAUGGGUGGACGAUCUUGACAUUGUCAACGAGCUGGGUGGACAUACAGGCUGUGUCAAUGCACUGUGCUGGUCUCGGUCUGGUCAACUUUUAGCCUCGGGAUCUGAUGACCAUUACGUGAACAUUUACUCUUAUCAACCUGAGUCAUCCUCUGCGCCAUUCUCCUUGAAUACUACUCUCCAUACUGGCCACAAGGCGAAUAUAUUUUCCGUCAAGUUCAUGCCACACUCAAAUGAUCGUACCUUGGUAACAUGCGCAGGUGACCAUCAGGUUCGGGUCUUUGAUAUUGAAUAUUCUAGCAGCAAUGGGAAUCUGGAGGCGACAUCUGCGUUCACUGCAUCCGCUCGAAGUCGGCGAUUCAACAACUUUUUCACCAAUACCCGCUUCUUGACUGCAGAGAAUACCAACAGCCGUGUCUACCGCAGCCAUGCCGAUCGUGUUAAGCGUAUCGUUACCGAGUCGUCUCCAUAUCUGUUUCUUACCUGUUCCGAGGAUGGCGAGGUGCGGCAAUGGGACCUGCGCCAGCCUUCUUCAGAGUACCCUAAACCGCAAGGUGGACAGGGCCCCAUGUCCUAUCGACCGGGCGUGGUACAUGAUGAUUCGAAUGUUCCUCCUCCGUUGAUAUCUUAUAAACGGCACCACCUUGAUCUCAAUACGAUAUCGUGCUCUCCUACCCAACCACAUUACAUUGCGCUUGGCGGCGCCCAUCUUCAUUGUUUCCUGCAUGAUAGACGGAUGCUCGGGCGUGAUUUGCUUGCGGAGAGAGGUGAUCCGGGUGGCUCUCCUCGGAUCGGCAGCGAUCGCGAUGACGAGUUAAUGAGCCAGGCGACAAGAUGCGUUCGAAGGUUUGCACCAAACGGCAAGCGUCGGAUGAAGGCGCGGGAUAACGGACAUAUCACGGCCUGUAAGAUUAGUGAUGUCAAUCCCAACGAGAUGGUUGUAAGCUGGUCGGGCGAUCACAUAUACAGUUUUGAUCUAGUCCAGAGUCCCGAUGCCAGGGAAGCUGAGGCCGCACGCCAGGAAUCCGUGCAGGAAACACUUUACCCACGGAAGCGACGAAGCUCAAAGAAUAGGAAGCGAAAGCGCCGAACUGGUGCCUCGAUAUCAUCUUCUGAAUUUAGUGGUAAUCGGCAUCAGUCUCGCCGCCGGUCCCAAGAACAACAAGAUGAGGAUAAGCCGACGAUUCACGCUCAGUACGGGAAUGGCGAGUCAGGGGAAAUUCCACUCUCAUCGCUGGCAGUAUCUCCUUCCAGCACAUCCAGACAUGCGAGAAAGCAAGCAAGGUACCCUGUCCUGAGUGAAGCGCAACGGCUUAGUAUGCGUAUCGCAAAGGCUCUUGUUAAGCUCCGCAAGGCUCUGUUCUCGCUAGAGCCGUCCGUACGUGAUGCAGGCGAAUCGUCGAGCACAAACCUGACUCCGUAUACUGAUUCUUUCUCAACGGUGCUGACCCUAGCUUCUGAGUAUCUCUCGAUCAUGAAUAAAGUCAUGCGAACGUGGGGAUACCCUCUCAAUCCUACUCCUGACGUGGUUCGGUUCCAGCAAGCUCUUCGCCAUAACAGGGAAGCAUCCUGGAGAUUUUUCCAAGCCGCGGGAACAUUGGCACGUGUCCUAGGGGGCGAGAUCCGAGGAAGUGAUGUUCCUAGCGUAGAGUUCCUGCAAAUAAUGCCCGCACCCGGAGAGAAUAAUUCUAUCGCUCGAGAGGCUCAAUUCGGCUAUGACUUCGUGAAGGCUAUACUCCUGUUUCUUGAAGGAGGUAGAGAGGCCCUCGUUUCGGGAUUCAAGAGUAGUAACGAACACCGGCGUAAUGUGGCACGGUACCCAUUGUCCGACAAAGCCGAGGACAGUGCCAUUGAAACAGAGUUAGUCCCUUACCUACGCGGACUCGCGGGCGACACGCCCGUCAUAAAUGUUGAUGCUUCGAGAUUCGAACACGAUAGCAGACGUAUACUCUUCGCAAAUCAGCACGCGGCAGUGACCGCUUUUGCGAACGUGGUGAAACUACCUCUUGAAGAUCUGGAGAGCUCUGCUGCUCGAAUCCAUGGUGGUGAUGGUGUCUCUCAUACCUCCCAUAUCCGAUCCCUUGACCGGACAGGUGUGAUGCGGUUUUGGGGCUUGAAGGUCGCUCGUGGAGUCUUAAUGGACGCUGGUUCGGGAGUUAAUUACAGUUUUGCAAAUCGUGCCUUCGGUGGCUUGCGUACAGUAGUGGAAGAUGAAUCCGAAGGCGAGACAGGUCCAGAGAGGUCGCAAGCUGACAUCGCUCCCGACCUUGAAGAUGACCCAAUCAUUCGACAGCUUAAUAUGCUAUCUGCCAUUCAUUCUACCGAGGAAGCCCUGAAUCUACGUGGUGUAGGACCCGAGGCUACGUCUGGAUCUGUAUCCCACGUAAUCCUAGCUCCAUCGACUGACGGCGAUAUCGAGACAAGUGAUGAUAGCUUUUUCGAACAGCACGCCCUUGGUGCUGAGAGUGAUGCUGAGAGUGAUCCUGAUGAUGUGGCCGUGGAGGAAGAUGAUGAGGAUGAAGAAGAGGAUAGCAGCGACGACAAUGAUGACGAUAACGAAUAUGAACUUGAUACCGGCUCUGAAGAGUCUUCGGACGACAGUGAUUUACUUGAGCCCGAAGAGCGCAUGUAUAGGCUCAAUGGCUUGCGAUCAAAUCGAAGAGAGGAUGUGGAACUCGACGUUCCGUGCUCCUCGCAUACAAGAGUUUAUCGCGGACAUUGCAAUGUGAAAACAGUCAAAGAUGUCAACUUCUUUGGGUUGAAUGACGAAUACGUGGUAAGCGGCAGUGAUAUGGGACAUCUGUUCAUCUGGGAUCGCAAGACGUGCGAUUUGGUCAAUAUCCUGGAAGGUGAUAGUGAAGUUGUCAACGUCAUACAAGGCCACCCGUAUGAACCGACCAUUGCGGCUUCUGGAAUAGAUAGUACUAUCAAGAUCUUCUCUGCCGACAGACAUUCCCAGGAAAACGCUCGUUGUGGCAUCAACAUUCUGAAUCCCGAGAACCCUGCCAAUGUUUUAGGGCCGAGUGUAUCAAACGUUGGUGGACUCAAGAGCUGCAAGCGCAUGCAUGACAGCUACCAGAUCAUGAGCCAGAACGAUGUUGAACGUCAAGGCGGUAUGGCUGAUGCAAGCUUCACAAGAGAAAUGCUUUCCCGAAUCGCGGUAAGCAUAAGGCAUGGCGGCGGACAAGGAAUUGUUGUGGAUGAGAACUGCAACAUGAUGUGAAAAAUCAGAUAGCUUAAAAAAAGCACCCUUGCAUGUCUUAGGGGUACAGUACAGUCCCUUGCGCAAAAAAUGGGGAUUUACUUUCGAUCAUUAGUAUCUUUAAUAGGUAGACCUUUUAUUUUUAUUUUUUGGAGAACAGGCGCCUUUUUGGAUCAUAACUUUGACCCUACUAUCGUAUAGUAUGUCUAUGGGAACCCGAUUUUACUCUCAUGAGUGCUGAACAACACACUGGAGGGAGGGGUUGACAUCAGCUAUUCUUAUGUCGUAAGCAUAAAUCCGUCUCAAUGCAUCUUAUUAUUGCCAAGUAGGUUUUCAGCAUACCAUCAUCUUUAAUUCUUUCUCCUGUGAUUGUAAACCACACGUCUACU